AUGGCCACGUUUGUCAUGCAGUCUUUGGGAUGUGAAGUCGCGGCGAUAAACACGGUUCAUUUUAGCAACCACACCGGGUAUAGACAGUUCAAAGGCACCCGGACAAGCGCCCAGGAGAUCCGCGACCUCUACCAGGGUCUCUGUCAGAGUGACCUGACCGAUUUUGAUGUCUUGUUGUCCGGGUACACACCCAGCGCGGCGGCUGUCGAGGCCGUCGGUGAGAUCGGGCUGGAUCUGCAGCGCCGGGCGGAGAAGAAGCCCGGGUCGUUUUUCUGGAUCCUGGAUCCUGUCAUGGGCGAUCAGGGCCGGCUUUAUGUCAAUGAGGAUGUGGUGCCGGCGUACAAGAAGAUAAUCCGCCAUGCGGAUUUGAUACUACCGAAUCAGUUUGAGGCGGAACUCCUCUCUGGAAUCAAAAUCUCCACUAUGAAAGACCUCGCAGAUGCCAUCACUGCCAUCCACAAAACAUACUCGAUCCCCCAUGUCGUAGUCACGUCGGUCCAGCUGUCGGGCCUCGGCUCGUCGACACCGCCGUCGACGCUGACCAUCAUCGGCUCGACGACUCGUUCUGAUGGCUCGCCUCGGCUGUUCCACAUCGACGUGCCGGCGCUGGAUUGCUUCUUCAGCGGGACGGGCGACAUGUUUGCGGCGCUGACGGUGGCUCGACUGCGAGAGGCCGUUUUUGCUGCCGACGCAGAUCCGGCGCUGCGCAACACCCGCUCCUGGGUGUCGCCGGACGACGUGCCCGCGACGGAGCUCCCUCUGGCAAAGGCGACGGAGAAGGUACUCGCCAGCAUGCACUCUGUGUUGGAAAAGACGCUGGAGGCGCGCAACGCCGAGUUGGCAGCAGCAGCAGCAGCAGCAGCGACGACAGAGACGGACAGCACAAGCGCCGAAGAAAGGCAGAAACGGGAGCAUCUCCGACGGACCAAGGCCAGCGAGUCCAGUCCAGUCCGGCAACUAAAUACAUACGUCUGUAUACUACACAUACUGCCGGGCCUCCAGUCUACUUCCUCAACCCAACCCAGCCAUUAUUAA